AUGAGCAUGAUGAGUGGACAAGGUCUCACAGAAGAGCAGAAGCAGAAGAUUCAGGAAAAUAGGCUGAGGGCUCUCGCAAGAAGAAUAGAGAAGCAAAGCCCUGUAAAAAAUAGUUCAUCGUCACAGUUAACCUCAGGGGUGGUUGAUCUGCAUCCACCCAACAUAAGGAGCACCAAUUUUUAUUCUGAGAAGCGUGAUGUGAAUAAAGGAAAUUCAACAAGCAACAACACAGGGCCAAAUAAUUAUAAUUCGACCUCGUCGUCACAUGGAAAAGAUACAAAUAAAGUCUUGAAGAAGAAUGGAGUUUCAAACUUACGCGGAAAAUGUGUUUAUAUAGGUAAAGACACCUUUUCUGUUGAAGUUGGAUACAGCGCUCCUUUGCUUCAGUACUUUAAGCAGCUAACAACAAGACAAUAUGACGCUUCAACAAAGGUCUGGUCUUUUAAGAUGGAGGAAUAUAAUACAUUCAUUAAAGGUGUGCAAAGCUUUCGGCCAGAUAUAGAAAUUGAGAGUCUGCCGAGGUGGAUUGUCCAAAACUUUGCUUUCACAAAUAAAACAAAUGUGGACGCGUUGCCUAAAGUUGAUCUUAGUCGUGUGGAUGAGAAGCUGGUUACAGCACUGUUGCCUUUCCAACUAGAUGGUGUUAAAUGUGCAAUACAGCAUAAUGGCAGACUGUUGAUAGCGGAUGAAAUGGGUCUUGGCAAGACUUUGCAAGCAAUCUGUGUUGCUUGUUACUAUCGUCAAGAGUGGCCUCUUUUGAUAGUGUCACCAUCUUCCGUACGCUUUGACUGGGCUCAGCAAAUUUGUAGAUGGCUGCCCAGUGUUGCUCCAUGUGAUAUUAACGUUGUUGAAUCCAGCAAGAGCAGCUUUACAUCUGGGAUGAUUAACAUUCUUAGCUAUGACCUGUUGUCCAAAAAAGUCGAGGAGCUCAAAAAGCAGAAAUUCAAGGUCAUCAUAAUGGAUGAAUCUCAUUUUCUGAAAAAUGCAAAGACUGUGAGGACUAAGGCUGCAGUGCCUCUAUUGAAAAGUGCUAAAAGAGUCCUGCUUUUGUCAGGUACACCAGCAUUGUCCAGACCAAGUGAACUUUAUAGCCAGAUUACAGCAGUUUGUCCAGAUUUAUUCAAGUUCCAUGAGUUUGGCCUGAGAUACUGUGCAGCUAAAGAGAUGCAGUGGGGAUGGGACUAUUCAUCGUCAUCAAAUAUGGUAGAACUACAAGCCUUGCUUGAGGAGAAAAUUAUGAUACGGCGGGAGAAGAAAGAUGUUUUGUCUCAGCUUCCUUCUAAGUACAGACAGGUGAUCAUGUUGGAUCCUAGCUCUGUGCACAAACACAAAGAUUUGAAAGCAGCAUCCAAGAUAAUGAGCAAUGUCAAACUGAAAGGUCUAAACAAACGAGGGGCAUUGUUAGAGUAUUUUCAUGAGACCUGCAGAGCAAAGCUGUCAGCUGUGAGGGGUUAUGUGUUGGACUUGGUUGAAUCAGACAAGAAGUUUUUGGUGUUUGCACAUCACAAGGAGAUGCUGGAUUGUAUAGAGGAUGGCAUCAAGUCUGAGGCCUCACAUAUUCAGUAUAUUCGCAUUGAUGGAAGAACCACAUCGGAGCAGCGUCACUUUUUCUGCAGCAAAUUUCAGGCCUGUGACAGUUACAAGGUGGCUAUUUUGUCCAUCACCGCUGCCAAUGCUGGUAUAAACUUGUCUGCAGCAAAUAUUGUUGUCUUUGCAGAGCUGUUCUGGAAUCCUGGGAUUUUGGUACAAGCCGAAGAUCGAGCUCACCGUAUUGGCCAGAAGGACAAUGUCAAUAUCCAGUAUUUAGUCGCACAACAUACAGCGGAUGACUACAUUUGGCCAUUAGUUCAAGGCAAACUUGAUACUCUAAGCAAGGCAGGACUUGCCAAGGAUGACUUCGCAGAUGCAGAUACCACCCGUUUGAAGGAUAACACGCAACAAACUCUACUGGACAUGUUUAGCAGUGAAUUCAUAGAUGACACCAUCCCUGACAUUCAGCCAGCAGAUAUUGAGAUGCCAGUUGACAUCAGUGUUAAUUCGAGUAGCAUGACACAAUUAGAAAAAACACCCAGCAAGCGACAAAUAAGCAUCACAUCUUUUUUCGAGCGCACUCCACCAAAAAAGAUGCGAUUGGAUGAGGAUGCAGUUUCAGCAACGCAGCAACCAGAACAUUGUGAAAGAGUGGUAAAGGUGGGAAAAGCUGAAGAUGAAUUUAUGACAACACAGCAGCCAGACAAUCAUGCAAGUAUAGAAAACAAGACAUUAGACAAAACUGGUGACUUAAACAAGAGCAGAAGAGACCCAGGAAGUGUUGUCUGUACUGUAAUGCCUUGGCUGGAUGAAGAGCUGACAUCUCAGGAUUGUGAUGGAGAUGAAAGCGUACAAUCAUCUUUAACUGGAAAUGAUGAGUCCACCAAUAAAUCUAGCCAGGAAACCAUAACAGGAACUGCUGAUUCACUGAAUGCUGCAUGUGAGGAGAGUGCUAGAGAUGACCCACAAGAUGAUCUGACUUGGCUGGAGGGUUUAAACUGGGAUGAUGAAAUGUAA